UUGAGAUUUUACAGCAUGCAGAAGAGGUUUAUUUUCAGAAUAUAGGCCAAAGAAAGGAGGUAUUUUAGUAUUUAUUUUUUAAUUGACGACUAUUAGGAACUUUAGCUUUUCAUAACUAUCAUGCUAGCACACAUAUUGUUCCACAUAAUUUACAUUUGACAGCCAAGUGAAGCCUUAUGUGAUUUCCUUUCCAUGAAAAGAGUUCAUUGAGAGAAGUAUAUACGAAUGUAAUACAAAAUCAGGUCUCCUUAAAUUGUAGGGGUAAUUGCACUGAGCAGUUUAAAAUUAGAAGUAAAAAAAAAUAAAGUCUAAAAAAAACUCAAAAAAAUAAGGCCCGUAAGUAAGACUAGUAGUAUAAUGCAAACUCGCUAUGGCAUGAGGUGAGUAGCAAGGAUGCUCCUGAUAUCAACAUCAGGUCUCCUUAAAUUGUAGGGGUAAUUGCACUGAGCAGUCUAAAAUUAGAAGUAAAAAAAAUAAAGUCUAAAAAAACUCAAAAAAAUAAUGUCCGUAAGUAAGACUAGUAGUAUAAUGCAAACUCGCUAUGGCAUGAGGUGAGUAGCAAGGAUGCUCCUGAUAUCAACAUCCCUCAUCGACUGAUAUGCCAAAGAAUAAUCACCAUGGAUUUUCUCUAACAUCUGCACAAUACGAGUAAUGAAUGAAUGCCUGGAAAUACCAAAAUUUUAUUAAUUUGAAAACUAAAAAAAUCCUAGUUACUUACUGAUAAGAUCAAUGUGAGGGUGUCAUCGGUAUCUAUGCCAGUUUCUAGAGGUGAUAAUCCAACUGGCAUCUGCUGCUGUUGCCAGGUUUGAGGAAAAUAUGCAUACCUGCACAAAUUAAACAAUUUAAUUAAUUAGAAAUUAAAGGCAAAAUAGACGACUAACUUAUAAAUACAUGCAUACCUGCUAAUCGUGAUAAGGUUACUCUGGUGGUCAGGCCAGACUCUAGGAGUGUCGUCCAGAAUCAAGACAUUGGACACAGUAGUCGAGACAUAGUUUAGAUUUUUCACAUAACCAUCCUUACCCAUGUGAGCCUCCUCCCUGGAAGUGAUUCUCCCGGAAAAGAAAGUGCCAGUGGGAUCGAGUAGUUUCGCCAUGGCAUAUGCAUAAUCCUUGCGCCCCAAGGUGAUAAUGUGCAGGUUGAAUAACUCGCUAGCCUGCAACAACACAUGAACAAACAUAUAAACAUCAGAUAAUAGGCAUCAGAUAAAUAAAAAGCACCAGAUAGAUAAAAAGCAGAUAAGAUACCUUGUGGAGGAAAUCUCUUAUCCCUGGUCGGAGUUUGAUCCAGAAUCCAAAACGUCUGACGCGAAAUAGAUCACGGUUAUCAUGCUCUAUUACCUUCUUUCUCAGAAUUUGCUCAUGGAUGGCAGACACUCGAUCAAACUGUUGAAAAAAAUAGAAAACAUGUAAAUAUCGAUUCAUUGAUCAAUAAAGAAAGAACCAUUUUUGUUUUGUUUACUUACGCUGAUUGAGUUCAACAGAGUUAAAUCCAAAUCCAAGAUGAGUGUGAUUUUGGGCGGGGGAGAUGGAAUCAAUCUCUGCUUCUUGGCAGGUUUCUCCGUCGCAGACUCGUUGAUGGUAUGCUCUAGCGAUGCGGUGGCUAGGUCUCUCGGCAUCUGUCAGGGUAUCCUUUAUCAAAGUACUUUAUCAUUGAUUUCUGGAGACCAAAUGGCUGAAUCCUCAGUUAUAGCAAAAUGCUGUGAUGGUUCACAGAAUAAUCCCAAGGGUAUUAUUGAACGAAUAUAUCCAUUGGGUGCAGCGAUUGGUAAACCAAAAUCUUCUACUGAGGGCAUCUCUCCUGCAAAAAUUGCACAAUCUGAGUGGAAGAGUUUGACAGAAAGUGAUAAUUCCUCCGAGUCUACUGCUAACACGAUGAGAAACUUUGAGCAGACAAUGCAAACAAACAUCAUGUGAUGGAACAAAAACUUGAGGUGUCACAGGAAACCUUGAAUCUGAGCAAAGCAGAGCUGGCCUUUACAUCUGGUGUCACUGCUAAAAAGUUGGGUAAUUUGGUUCGAUCUUCAGAGACCUCGGAGAGAUCCUCCACCAAUGUUGUUACAAACAACUGAAGUUUCGAAGUUAGCAGUAUCCCAAAAAGUUUCAGUAAAACCAUCUUCUUGUGCUUGAUCGAAAUUCUUUAUCUCAAAUGCUUCAGGCUGAUAGUAAUGAACUUCUUUAUCCCAAAAAGUUUCAGGGAUUGAAGAGGCUGUUGAAAUUUGACCGUAAAAGCAAGGGAGAGGCAAGUGCGUGACUGGUUGGUCUAGCCCGUCAAUUAAUUAUUCAGUAGAGGAUGAUGCAGAAGAUCUAAAAGCAGCUGCUUACGAAAAGAACCUUGAUACAUCCUCAACUUCCCUCCACGAGAUGUAUUGUCCACCAUGAUGUAGAUUAAGAAAAUUUCUAUCAUUGUUUCUGCUCAUGCCGUGCUCUUGUACUUUUACAUCGAUCGUGCUAAUUCUAGUUUGGUCCUUAAAUUUAUAUUAAAAAUUGUGUUAUGCGGAGCAUAUAUGUAUUCUUGGAUUAUAUUCAUUAUCUUUAAAAAUAAGGUAUUAUUAGUGAGUGAUUA